AAGGCCUACCCCGAAGUAUCUCGCCAAAAACCGAAGUGUCUCGACCUGAAGGUAGGGAAUAAGAUACCCAAAACUAAGUCGUUUUGAUCUUAGGGCUAUUCUCUCCUUCUUUCAGCUCUUUCGUCUACCCGUCACUACUGCACUGCGGUUAUUGUCACUCUCUGUCCUGGGUACUCCAUAGACGGUUGUUCUCCACGACGAUGGUGCUUUUCCUAGUGACAUCUGAAUAGAGUAAGAAAAUGAAAACAACAAGAGAAGAUAAUAAUAUGGAGAGCGGUAAAGGUGCCACAAAGAGGCAAAGAAUGGUUGAACACAAUUCUCCUUCACUGGUGAUGGAUAACCCACUUGUACCCUACAAUGAUGUUGAUGAUGAAGAUGACGAUGAAAGAAGAGAAUAUAGUAACCUCAGUGGAGCUGGGAAACACGGACAAGGUAUAGUAGGGAAUGUCUUUCAAGAUCCAGGGGAGGAAGAUGAUGACGAUGAUGAUGACAAUGGUGAUGGACAAGGGUCCAAUCAAGAGAACAGGAGGAGCCAAAUUGAGCCUCGUGAAGACUGCCCUUAUCUUGAUACAGUGAAUCGUCAGGUGUUGGAUUUUGAUUUCGAGAAAUUUUGCUCCGUCUCUUUGUCAAACCUGAAUGUAUAUGCAUGUUUGGUUUGUGGGAAAUAUUUCCAAGGGAGAGGGAAGAAAUCUCAUGCAUACACACAUAGCCUUGAAGCAGGUCACCAUGUCUACAUUAAUCUUCAGACUGAGAAAGUUUACUGCCUUCCUGAUGGAUAUGAAAUUAUUGACCCAUCUCUUGAUGACAUACGGCAUGUUUUGAACCCAAGGUUUACUAGGGAUCAGGUUGAACAACUUGACAAAAACAGACAAUGGUCCAGGGCACUUGAUGGGUCUGAUUACCUUCCUGGAAUGGUGGGCUUGAAUAACAUUAAAGAGACUGAUUUUGUCAAUGUCACUAUUCAGUCUCUAAUGAGAGUUACACCCUUGAGAAAUUUCUUCCUUAUCCCCGAAAACUAUCAGCAUUGCAGAUCUCCUCUUGUUCAUCGCUUUGGAGAGCUCACGCGGAAGAUCUGGCAUGCUAGGAACUUUAAAGGACAGGUGAGCCCACAUGAAUUUCUCCAAGCAGUUAUGAAAGCCAGUAAAAAACGGUUUCGCAUAGGGCAGCAGUCUGAUCCUGUGGAGUUCAUGGCAUGGCUUCUUAAUACUCUACAUGCAGAUCUUAGAACUUCAAAGAAAAAUAACAGCAUCAUUUAUGAGUGCUUUCAGGGGGAACUGGAAGUUGUAAAAGAGAUCCCUAGCAAAGCUAUUGCUGAUAAGAAGGAAAAUAAUGAUGACCAGAAUGGCAUUCAGCAAAGUGCUGAUGGUGGGAAUGAACGUGAUGGUGUUGUUACAGAAACUUCUAGAAUGUCAUUUUUGAUGCUUGGACUAGAUUUGCCACCACCGCCUCUAUUUAAAGAUGUGAUGGAAAAAAAUAUAAUACCCCAGGUUCCCCUGUUCAAUAUACUGAAGAAAUUUGAUGGUGAGAUGGUGACUGAAGUUGUCCGCCCUCAUGUAGCCCGGAUGAAAUACCGAGUCACUAGAUUGCCACAGUAUCUAAUACUUCACAUGCAGCGGUUUAAAAAGAACAACUUCUUUAUUGAGAAAAAUCCAACCUUAGUCAACUUUCCUGUGAAGAACUUGGAACUGAAGGAUUACAUACCUUUGCCGAUGCCUGAAGAGAAUGAGAGAUUGCGCUCAAAGUAUGAUUUAAUUGCGAAUAUUGUUCAUGAUGGAAAACCCAAGGAGGGAUUCUACAGAGUUUUCGUGCAGCGGAAAUCAGAGGAGCUAUGGUAUGAGAUGCAGGAUUUGCAUGUUUCUGAAACUCUUCCUCAAAUGGUUGCGCUUUCUGAGGCGUAUGUGCAGAUAUAUGAACAGCAGCAGUAGUAUAGCAUGUAGAGAACAUCUGAUUGUUGUCUGUAGUUCAUUAUAGUUGCAAGAGUUAUUAACCUCUCCAUAUGGGUUGCUAGGAGAUUAGAACGAGAAUACUGGAAGAAUGUAUUGAAUUUUGAUCGUGCAAAGUAGGUUAAGAGUUUUCUGUUUAGUGGAAGUAUUUUUUGACAUGGAAAACAAUCCAUGUUUUGGAGCAUGUAAUUGGUGUUGAAAUUGUAGGAUCCUGACAUGAGAUGUACAGCAUUACAAAUGUUGCGGCUAUUAUGUUUUCAAAGGAAUUCAAAUAACUGGUUUUGGGA